AUGACUAUCGCUAACACUACUUAUAUACCAAAGUCAAGUACGUAUACUAUCCCCACAAUAACUUCUCCUACUAUCCUUAACACACCUAUACUAACAAAUGCUGUCACAACCAACAAGAUAUCAUUACUAACCAACACAAACACACUUCUACCAUCUGUCACAAACAGUACAAUUCAGACUGUCAUUACAGCUACAGACCCCAUAAGCUCUCAGACCAAGACUUUACUCUGUGAAAAGCUGACUGAGCUGAAACAGAGCAACAAUAUCAGUUUACAAGCUGUAACCUACAUACUGUCACAGUACAAUAUCAGCUUGACAGAAGCAGCCAGUUUGUUGAAUGUUCCACUGUUACAGUUAAGCACGAUGAGUGUCGCUCAGAUCGAAGGCCUUGUGUCCUCCACUUGCCAAGAAUACGGUAAUUGUUAAAAUAUUUAGGUUUUUAUGCAAAAAAUAGAAAAAUGGCUAGUACAAAAGAUAUUAUCAAAUUUUACUUUUAAUUACCUUUCAGGAACCGCAGCAUUAUCAUCUGGAUCAGCCUCACAGUCAAGUAACACAACUUAUAUACCGAACAACCAAAGCUACAACUCCUCAAGAUCAACAUACAACAAUACCUCUGGAUAUAGUGGUCAUAGGGGAGGUAAGAACUUCAAUGACACAAAACAAGCAAACUUAUUAAAGAAAUACUUAAGUAACAUACAUUACACUUAUUGUAAACAUUUUUUAGGUCAAAAUAGAGGUUCAUUCAGUAACGACGAUCGAUACGACCGUGAAAAUGAUUAUAGCGGUAAGAUAUCAUAUAAAACAUAUUAUCCUGUAGCGGAAACAAAGAGUAUUAUUAAUUACCAUUUAGACUACUGGUACGAUGGCACAGAGUACAAAUACAACCACCGAGUAUGGCGAUGGGUACUACUAGGCGUAUUUUGCGCUCUAUGCAUCGCUGUCGCAUUUGCUUUAGUAGGUUACAUACAUCAUAUUUAUAGUUUUACAAUUGUCCUUUGUUUCAUUUUUGACAGUAAACUUCUGUUUUUUGACAUUUUUAACACAAUAUAACCGUUGCGUUUACAAACAUCCAAUCUCACAAUUUUCAGUUAUGUUUCGCCUGUUACCGACCUUACCAUUCGCCCACGCCGACCGUAGUAACACCCUUACCAGUAACCGAAAAGAUCUACACAACUAAUGGCCAAAUAGAAGUACCACCUUUACCCAUCAGUCCUAUGCCAGCUUACUCAAACGCAGCUACUCUCAGAAUUUAA